CACUCGAAGAAGCCUUUAUAAUAGGAUUCUUUCGCAAUUUAGGAAACUUUUAUGUAGUAGGUGUGGUGUCAAUCAUCUUCUUCUUCUUCUAGGGUUCUUAUUUAGCUAUGAAGCUCCUCUGCAUCUCCCCUUCUUCCCCGCCAAAAUGUAUCUUUUAAUUCGCGAAAACUAGGGUUUUUUUUGUUCCUCUUUUCUCGCUUGAUUUUAUCUCAAUUUUUCUGGGGAGAUGAAGAAGAUCUUCGGAGGUCCAGGAACUGUGUGUGGUCUGUUACUGAGAAUCGGACAAUGUGCUUCUUCUGCUGCUUCCAUCGGCUUUAUGGUCUCUGCCACCGACUUCUCUGGUCGCACUGCUUUCUGCUACUUGAUUGCUUCGAUGGGUCUUCAAUUGCUGUGGAGCUUUGCCCUCGCGUGUCUUGAUGUUUAUGCUCUGAGGACCAAGAAAGAUCUCCAAAACCCAAUCUUGGUUAGCUUAUUCGUCGUUGGUGAUUGGGUGACUGCAAUGUUAUCUCUUGCAGCUGCGUGUUCAUCGGCUGGAGUUGUGGUCUUAUACGCCAAAGAUCUCAAGUAUUGUGAUAUCCACGCCCAGCUUUCAUGUCUUAGGUAUGAAGUCGCCGUGGCGCUUUCUUUCGUCACUUGGGUUCAGAUUGCCCUUUCUUCUCAUGUCACGUUUUGGAUCUUAGCCUCGGUUUAGUUUCUUUAAAUGUUGCAAUUGACUUUGUUAACACAAUGACAUUUUGCUUCAAAUCGAAUUCAUCAAUGUUUCUUAAGCUUA